AUGCUGCCGAAGAUUGGGUGGAUCGACGGAGUCAUGGGCAAGUCCAUGUGCUCUCACCUCAUGGCAGCCGGGUCCAUGACCGUCUUCAACAGGACCAAGGCCAAGGCCGAAGAGCUGCUGGCCAAGGGCGCAGCUUGGAAGGAGCCAGUUGAGCUGGCCAAGGACUGUGACGUCGUGUUCCUGAUGCUAGGGUAUCCGAAAGAUGUCGAAAAUAUGGUACUUGGGACAGAUGGGAUCCUCAGUCGCAUGAAAUCUGGCAGCUUGCUGGUCGACCACACGACGUCGACCCCCGACCUGGCCAUCAGGAUUGCCGAGGUGGCUGCCAGCAAGGGCGUGAUGUGUGACGCCCCUGUCUCAGGCGGUGACGUGGGGGCCAGAGAGGCGAGACUGACAAUAAUGUGCGGGGGUGGUAAGGAGGCCUUUGACCAGGCAGCUGAACUGAUGCAAAAGUACGGGAAAUCGAUCCAGCUCACCGGCGGGCCUGGCAAAGGACAGCACACGAAGUGCACAAACCAGAUCAUCCUGGCUGGCAACAUGAUCGGCAUGGUCGAGGGGCUGAUGUACGCCCACAAGCAAGGCCUGGACCCGCACCAGAUCAUUGAGAUCAUCAAGGCAGGAGCCGCUGGCUCCUUCUCGCUGGGAGUGCUGGCUCGCAUCCUGAAUAGAGACUUCUAGCCUGGGUUCUACAUCGAGCACUACGUCAAGGACUUGGAAAUCUGCCUGGCGGAGGCCAGCCGGGCGAACCUCUGCCUGCCCAACCUGGCGCUGGUGCGGCAGUUUUACUCCUCGCUGCAGGCGCAGGGCCAAGGCCAGAAAGGCACGCAGGCCUUGAUGAAGGUGCUCGAACAGCUCAACAAUCAUUAA